AUGAUGGCUAAACGAAUUGUUCAAACAAUAUUAUUACUAACUACUUUAAUAAGUUUCUACAACAUAGUAGAAGCUGAAGAUAAGCCACUUGUUAGAAUAAGAAGAGAACCGCCUUCGAACUAUGGACCACCAAAACCAUCAAGACCCAGACCAGUUUAUGGCCCACCAAAAUCUAGUGGUCGGCCUAAACCAGUUUAUGGUCCACCACCAAAACCUAAAUAUGGACCUCCACCAAAGUCAAAAUACGGUCCACCCAAACCAAACUAUGGACCUCCAAAACCAAAUUAUGGACCUCCAAAACCUGUAUACGGACCACCACCAAAGACAAAAUAUGGACCCCCUAAACCAGUAUAUGGCCCUCCUCCAAAACCAAUACAAUCUUACGGACCACCAAAACCAGUUUAUGGGCCACCAUCUGGAGGAGGAUUUAAACCUUCCACUUCAUAUGGAGCUCCACCAUCGUCUUCAUAUGGAGCUCCACCAUCAUCUUCAUAUGGAGCACCUCCAUCAUCGUCAUAUGGGGCACCUCCGUCGUCUUCAUAUGGAGCACCACCUUCGUCUUCAUAUGGAGCUCCACCGUCGUCUUCAUAUGGAGCUCCACCAUCGUCUUCAUAUGGAGCUCCACCAUCGUCUUCAUAUGGAGCUCCACCGUCGUCUUCAUAUGGAGCUCCACCGUCGUCUUCAUAUGGAGCUCCACCAUCAACCAAUUAUGGAGCUCCACCGUCAUCUUCUUAUGGAGCACCAUCACAAAGUCAAUCAUCAUCACAUGGAUCAUCUUCUUUGAAAUCUUUCCCUUCUUUAACAUAUGAUGCUCCAUUGCUAUCUUCUUCUUAUGGUGCACCAUCACAACCAUCUUCAUCAUACGGUGCACCAUCACAACCAUCGUCGUCUUACGGCGCACCAUCUCCUCCCUCGUCAUCGUACGGUGCACCAUCACGACCGUCGUCUUCAUACGGCGCACCGCCACAACCAUCGUCAUCGUACGGAGCACCUUCACGACCAUCGUCAUCAUACGGCGCACCAUCACAACCAUCGUCAUCGUACGGAGCACCAUCACAGCCAUCGUCAUCAUACGGCGCCCCAUCACAGCCAUCGUCAUCGUACGGGGCACCAUCACAACCAUCUUCAUCAUACGGUGCACCCUCACAACCAUCGUCAUCGUACGGCGCACCACCUCCUCCCUCUUCAUCGUACGGUGCACCAUCACGACCGUCGUCAUCAUACGGCGCGCCAUCACAACCAUCGUCAUCGUACGGUGCACCCUCGCAGCCAUCGACAUCUUACGGGGCACCAUCACAGCCAUCGUCAUCAUACGGUGCACCAUCACAACCAUCGUCAUCUUACGGCGCCCCAUCACAACCAUCGUCAUCGUACGGAGCACCAUCGCAGCCAUCUUCAUCGUACGGUGCACCAUCACAACCAUCGUCAUCAUACGGCGCCCCAUCACAACCAUCGUCAUCGUACGGAGCACCAUCACAGCCAUCACCAUCAUACGGUGCACCAUCACAACCAUCGUCAUCGUACGGGGCACCAUCACAGCCAUCGUCAUCAUACGGUGCACCAUCACAACCAUCGUCAUCAUACGGCGCCCCAUCACCACCAGCAACAUCUUAUGGAGUACCGACAAAUAACUAUAACGCACCAUCUUCUAGUCAUUCGAUUUCAAUAAGCCCUUCUGUUUCACUUCCCGUCCCAUCAACUGCAUAUGGAGCACCUUCUAAAGACCUAUCAUCAUCCUAUGGAACCCCAACUUCUGGAUCAUUUAGUUCGUUCGGGUCAUCUUCUCAUAGUAACAACUUAGAUUCAUUUAAUAUAGGAAGUUUAUUUAAUUCCCGCACUCAAUUUAGUGCACCAAUACCUUCAAUUACCUAUGGUUCACCUAAAGGAAAUGGAGACAUUCAAGGCUCUUACAGCAGUAUAUCAAACUCUGUUUCAUAUCCAGAACCAAAUUCUCAUUCAACAAUGGUUAACUCAUAUGGAGAACCAACUAAUAAAAGAGAUUCAAGCCAAUCAUCAGAAGACUCAUUUCAUAUGGUUAGCUCACAAUACAACACUCAGAGUCCAGAUACACAAACAACGCCGUCAAACAUAUUACAAAGACGCCACAAAGAAUCUUUAGAAAGCACUGAUACCGCGUCGUCUUCAAAUUUAGAUGAAAAACUGAAAGGGAAAAAAGUAGUUGUAAACGACAAACUAAAUGCGUACUUAAAAUACAUAGCUAAGAGUACACAAAAGCCAGAUAUAGGUUUUCAGGCACCUAAAAAGACUUUUAGUUUUAACUACGAAGAAUCACCAUCUCAAGUAAACGAUAGCCUUGCUUCACUAAGUGAUAAUUCUCCAAUUAAUCAUAGAAGUAAUGAAUAUAAUUCUGAACAAAAUUCAAGUGCUCAUACUUAUUCUGACAACCAAUGGAAAAUCACUGAAAGUCUAUGA